AUGGCUCGCAAGGUCGCCCUGGCCGUGGGGGCCGUCGUCCUGGCGCUGCGGUGCUCCACCGCCUUCCUCCCAUCGAAGCCAAUGCUGCGACCGCCGGCCGGCGUGGCCGGCGUGGCCGGCCUGGCCGGCCUGGCGGCCGGCGCCGCGCCGGCCAUGGCGGAGGAGGCGGAGGGCGGCUUGCUGAACUUUGGGAAGGUGGAGCUGGGCGGGGGAUUUGCCCUGAACCUGGACAUCCCGGAGACCAACCUCAUCAACAUCUCCAUCCUCAUCGCUGGGCUCCUCUACUUCCUCUCUCCAGUGCUGGGCGAGUCCAUGGCCUCCCGCGAGAAGGAGAUCCACUCGGACAUCGAGGACGCCAUCGCCAAGUACAACGAGGCCACUUCCCGCUUGGCUGAGGCGGAGAAGAACAAGGCGCAGGCCGAUCAGGUGGUCAAGGAGAUCAAUGACAGCAUCGCCAAGGACAUCUCCGAGUUUCAGGCCAACUUGCAGUCGGCGGCGAAGAAGACCAAGGCGCUGCAGGACGCGGCCAACGAUAAGAGCCUAACGGAGCUGGAGCAGAGGACCCAGGAGAGGCUGGAGGCCUACAUCGACUCUCAGGCGGUGGAGCGGGGCUUGAAGGAGCUCAAGGGCCUGACCGUGCGGUCGUCCUUUCUGGGCGGCACCUUCGAAGUGCUGGAGGCCUAUGGGCCCGGCUCCAUGUUGGGCUUCGAGCAGCUCCUUGGGGAGGAGGCGCUGCAAUCCUUCGGAUGUCCCAGCGACUGCGCGGUGCGCGCCUCCCCAGCGGCGGCGCCCAGCGUCUACGCCCUGCGAGUGUCGUCCCUGGUGGAUGCGCAGAGGGCGCAGCCCGUGCUGGCCGGCAUGCUGACAGAGCUGAUGACGACCUGCAUCGUCUCUGAGGGCCGGCGGCGGGUGAAGGAGCGGGCCACCAGCGAGUACUACCAAAAGUUGGAGGCCUACCGCCUCGCGAAGCAGAACUUCCAGGCGUCUCCCAUCGCCUUGCGCUUCGCAGCCUUCGGGAACUCCGAGGUGCGGAGAAAUGCGCUCCGCUUGAGCGGCGUGGUCUAG